UGGUGCAUCUGUUUGUUCGUAGUGAAGCGCUGCAAUAUCUAAACAUUAACCGGGUGAUCAUGAUUUUUGUUCUAAUUUGGGUGUUUUUGAUUGAUGCUGCCUCCUCCCAACAUUGUUUAUCAAAGGAAUUAAAACCAUUCGUGAAGUCGAUACCCGUCGAUAGUUGGAAAUAUGUCAGACCUGAAUACAACUGCUUCGGAAGGAAGACUUUGCAAGUUAAAGUCGACUACCAAACCAAUAAUUGUUUUCUUGACUACGCAGUGACCAACAAGCAAGGCUGCUGCGAUGGGUACCACGAAGUCGGAUCUGAGUGUAUUCCUGUGUGCAAAAAUGGCUGCACCAAUGGGCGCUGCACGGCACCCGACACAUGCUCGUGCAAUACCGGAUACCUCAUGAUUGGCGACAGAUGUGUACCGCAGUGCAUGACCUGCGUCAACGGAGACUGCGUUGCUCCGAAUCAAUGCGUCUGUUCGAAGGGAUUCAUUAAAAAUGAUGCUGGAUUGUGCGUUCCUAAAUGUGAGGAUUACUGUGUUAAUGGCGAUUGCAGCGCGGAGAAUCAAUGCGUCUGUAGAGACGGCUACUACUUCAAUGAAAAGCUCUUGGAUUUCGGAGUAAAGAACAACACGGUUUGUACGGCCACAUGUGACAGACCGUGUGCAAACGGAGUAUGCUCAGGAAAGAAUCGUUGUGAUUGUCUUUUCGGGUACGAACUGUCCAAAUAUGAUCAGUUCACGUGUAAUCCGGUGUGUGAUCCCACGUGGGUGGAUUGUACCAAUGGAAUGUGUACGGCCCCAAACAAAUGUGUUUGUAAUAGAGGCUAUGAGUUGAUUCAAAACAAGUGCGUCCCGGAUUGUGAUCCUAAGUGUGAAAAUGGCAACUGUAGUGAACCGGGAGAAUGUAUUUGCUGGCACGGCUACCGGAAAUUGAAUGAAUCACAUAAAUGCACUGCAUUGUGCGAUCCACCAUGCGAAAAUGGCGAAUGCAUUGGCGUGAAUAAAUGCAAGUGCCUGAAUGGAUAUCAAUCAGUGAACAGUAGUUACUGCGAACCAGUGUGUGAUUCACGCUAUGUAGACGCCGUGAACGGAAGCUGUAUUGCUCCGAAUGUUCUACGCUGUGAUGUAGGCUUCGUUAUCUACCAGAAAGGAGACUCCAGGUUGGCUUGCGAAUCAAAGUGCAGCCCUAAAUGCAUCAAUGCUACUUGCCAUGAGGACGGUUCAUGUCAAUGUUUAAAUGGGUACCAGCAAGUCGCAGGUAGCUCACAUGCCUGUGAACCAGUUUGCGAUCCACCCUGUGAGAACGGACACUGCAUCGCUCCCGGUUCUUGUGCAUGUGAAUAUGGAUAUCAGAAAAAUCAUAACACUACAAACAAAUGCUCCUUCUACUGUAACCCGGAAGUGGUCGACUGCAAUACGCAUGGUAACUGCACAGACGUCGACACCUGUGACUGCCACGAAGGCUUCGAACUAACUGAGGGAGCGGAUACAAUCCUAAGGUGUACUCCAUUCUGUAACCCGGCUUGUGUAAAUGGGCACUGCAUCGAUACGGAUGUGUGUGAAUGUCUGCUCGGAUUCAACCAAGUCAAUUCAUCUUAUUGUGAACCACGCUGUGACCAACCCUGCUCAAAUGGGAUUUGCCAAAAGCCAAAUGUAUGCAGCUGUUAUGAAGGCUAUACCGCCAUUAAUGAUUUCGACUGCCAGCCCUUUUGUGAUCCAAGUUUCAUCAAUUGCACCUAUGGUUCCUGCAUUGGUCCCAACAACUGUUCCUGUCACAAUGGCUACGAACUUUCGUCAGAUAAUGAUGUGCUGUCCCGAUGCAACCCAGUUUGUACCAGUCUGCCGGAUAACGCAAUUUGCACUGCCCCUGGGAUAUUCAGAUGCGCCGAUGGACACGAAACCAGAGACGACGGAUCAUGUAGCCCAAUUUGUGAUCAUGACUGUGGGGAGGGAAAAUGUGUGGCACCUAAUCAGUGCCAGUGCAAUCCCGGACAUGCUGUCAUUGAUGACCCGUGGUGUGUCUCAAUAUGCGAAAACAACUGCACGGUAGAACAAGGCACUUGCAUUCACUUGAACUGUUUGUGCAACGAAGGCUACGCCAAUCUUGAAAGCCCGUACUUUUGUCUUCCAGUGUGCGAGGGUUGUAGAAACGGAAACUGCAUCGCACCAAAUGAAUGUGAAUGUAACGAUGGAUAUGAGCUAUCAAACGUCACUUCAAACUGUGAUCCGAUAUGCUUUGACUGCAUCGGUGUUUGUUGUAUAGAGCCGGGACUUUGCUGGUGCGAUCAAUUAAAACAAAUUUCGGGAUUCAAUUGGGCAGUUUUUGUUAUCUGUUUAUGUGCCACAACACUCACUGCAGUCGCUGCUUUUUUGGUAUACAAAUUUUAUAUAAAGAAGAAAUUCUCUCGUACCUACAAGUGUCAGUACGAUCCUACAACCGAGAAGGCAUCCAUCGGUUCCGAAACGCAGAUAGCUUCAUAAUGACGAUCAUAAAACUCAUAAUGGAUGACACUAAAAGCUUCCAAUCAACCCAUAUGCGAGUUUACUACCGGCGCCCAAUAAUAUCCUUUAAUAGUUACCGCGUAUUAAAUUCUCAUUAGUGACAUCGUUUAUUAAAAUUGUUAUUGCAUACACCCAAGCUGUUAUG